AAAAACAAAAACAAUAUUAUUCAUUUUUCACAUAGCUCCUCCCACUUUCAAAAUCAAAGGAUCAAACAUCAAAACCAAGAAACGGAACUUUGAUCUAGGAUUCUAGAACUCUGCUGUGUGUCAGAACAACAACACAGGAACUUGUUUCUCACUGCACAACUACAGUCUAUCACAGACAACUACAGUCUAUCACAGACAACUACAGUCUAUCACAGACAACUACAAACAGUCUAUCACAGACAACUACAGUCUAUCACAGACAACUACAAACAGUCUAUCACAGACAACUACAGUCUAUCACAGACAACUACAGUCUAUCACAGACAACUACAGUCUAUCACAGACAACUACAGUCUAUCACAGACAACUACAGUCUAUCACAGACAACUACAGUCUAUCACAGACAACUACAGUCUAUCACAGACAACAACAAACAGUCUAUCACAGACAACUACAGUCUAUCACAGACAACAACAAACAGUCUAUCACAGACAACUACAGUCUAUCACAGACAAUGGAACGAAGCCAAAAUCCAAGGACUCCCCGAGGACGGCGUGUUCGGUUUGUUGACACUGCUCCUCAUGACUACUCAAGAUCUCGUCCAGAUGUCCACCCUCUGCAAAUGGACCUUGACUCUGCUCACUGGAGGGCUGAGCGCCUGCAGGGUACAGUGGAUGAACUGGCACGUCAAAGGUCAGACUUACUAAUUAACAGGACGAAGCUCUGCAAAACAUUACACAAUUAUAAAUGGCAGAUCGACAGACUGGAGGGACUUCUGAAGCUCAGGGAGAAUGAGUUCAAAACUGAGUUUAAAAAGAGUUACCAGACCAUUUCAUCGUUUGAGGCACAGGUCUCCUCCCUCCAGAAACAGCUGCAAUCUAAAAACGAGGAGUUAGAAAAAAUCCAGCUCCUGAGGAAGCAGGAAAAUGAAGAAAUGACCGCAAGGCUGGAGUCAGAGAAGAAUAAAGUCCAGGAGAGCGCUGUGCUGCAGAAUGACUUGCAGCAGAAGUUGAAAAUGAUGGAACAACAACUCCUCCAGAAGGACAAACAGAUCAUGGAUCUGCAGAGCAACAACCAUGAUCUCUCUCACAAGCUCACAGAGGCUAGUGCUGAAUUUCAAAGCAACAACGCUUGGCAGACCAAAUACAACGCUCUGCAGGAGAAAUUCACAGAGGAGAUGGCCACUAAACAACAGAGCUGUGAGGCCACCAAAGAACAGUUGGUGCAGGAGAAGAAGAAAGUGAAGGAGCUUCAGCUGAAAAUGAAAAAUGAGAAGACAGAAAAAGACAAAAAAGACCAGGAAAUGAAAAAUAAGGACAAACAAGAGAUUGAUCGACUCUCCCAGAAGCUCACAGAGACAACAAGUGAGCUGAGGAGCUGCAGAGUUGAAUUUCUCCAGAGCUACAAAGCUUGGCAGGGAGAAUACAACGCCCUGGAGAAGAAAUUCAAAGAGCAGUUGAUCCAGAAACAACAGGACUCGGAGAAGACAUCGAAACUGGUGGAGGAGGAGAAGAAGUCCCUGCUCCAAAAAGAAGAGGACACGGAGAGGAGUCAGACAGAAAGAGUAACGAGUAACGAAGGAACAGUUGUCACAUCAGGGAUACAAACAGAGGAGGAGAAGAAGAAGAAGGGAUUUCUGAGCUGCAUCCACAAAAAGAAAAGCGGUGACAGCCAACCUGAGGGGGGGGGGGCUCCUUGUUGUACGACUCAGGUCGCACAACAGUAGCUUCCUCUUCCUUCCCCCCUCAUCCCUCUAUCUUCCCUCCAUCCCUCCUCACUCCACUCCCCAUUUUCCCCAUCAUGUGUCCAUUCAGCCCCUACCACUCCACCGUUUGGGGGCAGCAUGACUUUGGAGGUGGUCUAUGUUUGAUCCAGGCUCCUCCAGAGGCAUGUCAAAGAGAACUUUGCCUUUCAGGGCAGCACAGAAACACCACCAUCUUGUUUCUGUGUGGAGUUCUCCAUGUGUCUGCGUGGGUUUUCUCCUGGUGCUCAGGUUUCCCCCACAAAGACAUUAAAUGUUCAAAAAAAAAAAAAAACUAUAAAAAAUAAAACACCAAAAAAUCAAAUAUAACUUCUCAUAUUUCUGUAUUGUGUAUAAAGAUAUUCAUUAGAAACAUAACUGUAAGACAGUAAGAUGGCUAAGAUGUGCUGCUAUCUGUCAUAAAAUAUCACUUUUUAAAGAUAUAAAAUAUAACAUUAACAAGUCUAGACAUAUGGUUUAUAUUUUGUUGAGUUCUGUACUUGUAUGCACACAAAAGCUUGUAUAUAUGUGUCAGUCUAUGUUACACAAUAGUGACACCAAGACAUUAAAAGUAGGCAGAGAGAAUGGAAGUGACUGAUGGCUGUUUUUUCAUCACAGUUGUCUUAAGAAGCUGUGUUAUGAAUAUUGCCAUCCAACACAGAGUUAAUCUGUAUACAAAACACUGGAGAAAUGUGAAGUAAUCCAAUCUGCAUUGUUUUAUGUCCAUAUUAGUAGCAUAUUGACUCUUUAUUAAUCAUUAGAAAAUACUUAUGCAUUCAUUCUGCAUGACCAUAUUCUAUAUUCAUGCAGUUGUACAUGAAUAAUGAUGUUAAUAUGCUUUGCUCAGUGUGUGCCUUAUAAGGUGGUAGUAGAACACUCGAAUUCUCUCUUCAUAACUAACUCAUGAAUAUGUUCCCCAUUCUAAAGGGAGGUCUUCUUGUUCAUAACAAAUUCACUAGUGGUUUAACAUUUAACAUAUUAGCCCAAAGAGAUUCCUUAUUGUAAUGUUGUCUCCUUUACAUACUUAGUAAAUCCUUUGUAGCACACAACUACUCCAAAUAACAGAUCCUAUUCUUAAGUGAUGGGUUGUACCUUGAAAGAAGAAGGAAGUCUAGUGAGUGACAACAACACACCCUUAAUGUCCAGUAGUUGUAGAAUAUUGUCAUGCAGAACAAGGCAUUGAUAAGUGCUUAAUUAUGACUAAUGAAGAGACAAUAUGCUACUAAUAUGCAUACUAAUAAGCAACUAGUAAAAAGUGAAUAUGUAUAGCUUAAUAUAGUGUUUGUUUUGCAGUAGUAUGUUUGAGUUUAAUCCAUCAUCUAGGUGAUUUAUCCCUUGUACAUGUAGCCGAUCUGGCCUGACACUCCUUUAAUUUGACUCUGCGCUGUGUAGUAAUGAAAGUUGGACAUCUGUUGUUUCGCCAGCUGGAUUGGGGUUUAUUUUGCUCUUAGCAUACUGCUACUCAAUAACACAUUUAGUGUUCUUAUUAAAACAAUCAAUAAAUCAGAAUACAUAUAAAUACGAUCAUACAGUUACAUCCACAAUACAAAAUCAACAAAAUCAAAACCAUUUCCCCACCUACCAAGGGCAAAUUUUAUAUUUCAUUCAUAAAUGUCUUAAAAUGACAACAUGAACAUACACAAAAUCUAUAUGUACAAACACAAUGUUUUCACAACAAAAAAACAAGGGGAGCGCCCCCUUUACUAACAACAAUAUAGAUGAUAUGAUAUUGAGUCUAGGUUAUUAUUUUCAUUUGAUAAUGAUCCAUUUAUUUAUCCAUGCUGGAGUGCUAAUGUCACUCCAUGAUAUCUAAGAGGUAACUUUCAUUAUGUACCAUCAAACAUUUACAUUAGUUAUAGUAUUAUAUAUUGACCAAUUAUUAUUGAAUUCUUUAGAGUGAAUUAUAUAUUUACCAAUUA